AGCGAGAAGCUGUGCCGGGCCCAGCAGGAGCUGCACUUCCAGGCCGCCACUUACCUGUGCCUGCUGCGCAGCGUCCGCGAGCACGAGGCCCUGCACCGCGAGUACCACGGCAAGGGCGAGCGCUCGACCGAGGAGGUCGCCGGCCUCGUGGGCUUCAGGUUGCCGCAGCAGCCGGGAGGGAAGGGUUGA